AAAAAUGGGACGACUCUUCCGCACGCUGUCUUGGAAUCGUGCUAUCGAGACACGACGACGGAUGAGUGCGAAUUCGUAAAAAAACAAAGAAAACAGGUUUCUCGGGCUCAUUGUCGCAGCCAAAAAUUGGCCUUGCGCGUUAACCAACCCGCAUACGUACGGACGUGAGAGCUGUGUGGCCACUGAACACCGCACAAAAAGAGCGCACGUGAAACGAGCUCUCAGAGCUCAUUCGACCGCCAGCUCUGCAGCUUCUAAAAAUGGCAGCGCGAGCGCUAGCCCGCGUGGCGACGCGCUCCCUCACAAGAAGACGCGCCUCCUCCGCCGCCGCCACAACAUUUAUAGAACCGCCGCCUUUCGAACAACCGGCCAAAGACGCGCUCGGCCCGUUCAGUGACACGGACGCCCUCGACGUCACGGGCCGCCUCACGGAGGACGAGGUGCUCAUAAGGGCUACGGCUAGACAGUACUGCCAAGAAAAGCUCGCGCCGAGGAUCGUGGAAGCUAAUAGACACGAACUUGUGGAGCGAGACAUUUUCCGGGAGAUGGGUUCAUUAGGGUUGUUAGGAGCGCAAUUGGACGGAUACGGCUGUAGUGGAGUGUCGUCGAACGCCUACGGGCUGAUCGCGAACGAAGUGGAAAGGGUCGACUCGUCCUACCGGUCGAUGCUGUCCGUGCAGAGUUCUCUUGUGAUGCAUCCGAUCCACAAAUUUGGCAGUGAAGAACAGAAAGCUAGAUUACUGCCGUUACUCGCUGCGGGGGAGUUGGUCGGUUGUUUUGGAUUGACGGAGCCGGACGCCGGCUCGGAUCCUUCCGGUAUGGCUACGAAGGCGACAUAUGAUGGCACUACGGGAGAAUUCGUCUUAAAUGGGUCGAAGCACUGGAUCACGAAUGCGCCCGUCGCCGACGUGUGUGUCGUGUGGGCCCGUUUAGAUGGUGUCGUGCGGGGCUUUAUUGUCGAGCGCGGUGCUGAUGGCCUGAGCACGCCGAAAAUUCCCGGAAAGUUCUCGUUGCGGGCCUCGCCGACCGGUAGUAUUGUGAUGGAGGACUGCCGCAUACCUCGAGACAACGUGCUCCCGAAGGCCUCGGGAUUGCAGAGCGCGUUCUCGUGCCUGAAUUCCGCACGGUUCGGCAUCUCCUGGGGGGCUUUAGGUGCCGCAGAAGCCUGUUACGAAGUAGCGAGGGACUACGUCUCCGAUCGAGUCCAGUUCGGCGCGCCGCUAGCGGCCAAUCAAUUAGUACAAAAAAAACUAGCGGACGUCGUCACCGAGUUAUCCCUAGGAUACUGCGCCGUGCAACGGUUAGGUGAACUCAAAGACGAAGGCCGGGCCUCGGUAGAAGCUUUAUCGCUCCUAAAGCGGAACUCCUGCGGCAAGGCUUUGGACAUUGCACGUACCUGCAGGGAUUUGUUGGGGGGCAACGGCAUCCAGGACGAGUACCACGUCAUCCGCCACUGCAUGAAUUUGGAGGCCGUGAACACGUACGAGGGGACGCACGACGUCCACGCCCUGGUGCUGGGGAGGGGGAUUACGGGCAUACCGGCGUUCGUUCCUUCGGCGGCGCGCUCAUGAUGAGGCGUCGAUGGCGUGGGAGGGGUUUUCGAGACCUAAAACUUGUUGUUUGA